GAUACCCCGCCGCAGGACUAGGCCCUCUGAGUCGGUGACCUGAAAAGCGUAGAUAAGAAGUCCGGUAGGUCGCAGUAGCUCUCAAGUCUCAACCCCCAUCUCCUCCGAUUCGGCGAUCCAAAAUCGAAUCCCGUUCGAUUCGUCCUAUCGAAGGGGAAGAUGGACCAGGUGCUGAACAAGGUGGGGAGCUAUUGGUUUAGCAAGAAGGCCAGCAAGGAGAUCGACUCCAUCGGCGACGACCUCAAUUCAGUCUCUUCCAGCAUUGGUGGGGGAGCUAAAUGGAUGGUGAACAAAAUCAAAGGGAAGCUGCAGAAAGCAUUGCCAGAUCUUCUCAAAGAAUAUGACAUGCCAACAGGCCUCUUUCCACGGGAUACAACCAAUUACGAGUUCAAUCAAGAGACAAAGAAGCUGACAGUAUACAUCCCUUCAGCUUGUGACGUAGGGUACAAGGACUCAUCAGUUGUGCGGUUCUUCACCUGUGUCACCGGCUACCUCGAGAAGGGAAAGCUUUCUGACAUUGAAGGCAUGAAGACCAAGGUGCUUGUAUGGACCAAGGUGACCUCCAUCAAGACAGAGGGCUCAAAGCUCCAUUUCACUGCUGGCAUGAAGAAGACCCGUAGUCGUGAUGCAUACGAGGUCAUCAGGGAUGGUAUCGUCAUAGACAAGUUCUAGAGGAUACUUUGCCUGAGACAUGCGAUGUAAUUAUUUAGAUGAUGCUCCCACUGCUAGAUUAUACCAAAAUCGAUUGUGCUAUCAAGGGUGUUCCCAAAGAAUUCCGUACAUGACUUUUUCUGUAUCUUCAAAAUAUGUUGCUUCUGUUUUUGUGAUUGUGACUAUUCUAUCGAUCCGGAAGGUGUCAGGAUGCGGGCAGAUUUUUAAUUCUGAGAGAGUAAACAUGAGUUAAGGUCUGAUUGUUGGUCAA